GUCUUCAAUAAUAGAGAUGCCUUCCUUGCAAAAGUUUCAUGCUAAUGUGGCACGCCAUAUCAAGCUGAUGGACAAGAACUUGUGUGCCAAUUUAAUUCGUCAUGAAAAUAUAAUCACCACUAGAGCUAAGGCAAAGAGAGCUCAAUCCAAGAUUGAAAAGUUUUUGGCCGAUGCUAUCAGGAACAACAAAGAGUUGGCUGAUAAGGACUUCGAAUACCGUCUCGAAAACAACGAUGCCUUGAACUUCUUACAGCCUCCGGACAGAAAAGAAGUCGGAUCGAAGAUCAUCAACGAGUUAGCACAAAGGUAUCCAGGUAGAAGUUCUGGUUUCACAAGAAUCAUCAAAUUGGAACCCAGAUUAGGCGAAGAUAAGGCUCCAAUGUCUGUAUUGGAGUUGGUUGAUUCUGAUUAUGAAAUUAAGUUCUGGUACACCGCCAAGAUUGUUGCCAGAUUAGAACUCCAAAACAUCCCAGUGGAUGAUCUCACCAAGCACAACGUUCACAAGUUAACCAAAUUGCGUAAUGAUGGAGAGGAAAGUUUCCGUAAUGCAGUGGAAACCGCUAAGCUUGAAUUUUUCAAAUUCAACCCAGAAACUGGCUCUUUCAAUGAUCCAGAAAUCGAGAAGAAUUUGCAAAAUAAACCUAACAUGGCAUAUCACGAGGGACCUUUAGUCGGUACUCUUUUGAAAUCGAAGAAAUUUGGAACUACUCCAAGACCAACUAGAGAAACAGUUGAAAUUCCAAAAUCUCCAUUUUUAUCUUAAUCAUGUACAUAGUCUAAAAUAUAGGACACAAACGAGGAUAAUUGAUCGAGAAGGUUCACAAUUAC